AUGUCUGUGGUCACAAGACUUCCCGCUCCACUCUCUGGAUCUACGUCAUCUGGAACAGCUCAAGACUCUUCAUUAGGCACAAGCACCGCUCGCGACAAGCGCAAGUCAGCCCCGAACGCCGGCGCUCCAAAGCCCAAGCCAAAGAAAAGACGACUACUCCUCAAGAACCCGUAUGAUACUGCGACUACUGCACCGCCUGCCGAGUCGAGCAAUACUAACACUCCUCUAGCAGAUGACGUCGAGACUCAUGACAUCGACAGUGGUGAUCGGGGGCAAAGAGACUCCCGUAGGAUUGUCGACGAGACUGGCCAGCGUGAUGGUGAGUCGCAGCACGAGGACAAUGACAAUGUCCGCCGCGCUUUCGUACACGCAGACGACGACAACGUAGGAGGUGAGUCAGGUCAUGCAGGCAGCGGAAGCGGGCGUGAUGAGUCGGCGGGUGCUGGCGGCGAAGAUGGAGGCAGUGAGUCAGCACCGGGCAAUAAUGGCGAGGGAGGACAGGACUGCGACAGUCAAGAGGGUGGCGAGUCAGCGCAGCAGGACAGGAGUUGUGAGGACCGUGCGGCUGAGGGCGGGGGUGGUAGUGUCCUUCAGGACGCCAGCGAGAUGCGCUGUGUGGACAGCACUGGAGGUGGCCAACAGUCGGAAGGGGAGCCGGGGGUUGGCGGCCGUUGUCCAGAUGGUCCAAAGGGAAAAAGGCAACGGGGAAAGCUCGUAGAGCUGCCAAAGGAGGUGAAAACAGGACG